CUGGCACCGUGUCAAACGCAUCUAAAACAGCACAAACGAAGAAAAUAUUCGACCCAACUCAGGCUGCCAAGUGUUUUUAUCAGCUUGUGCAGCAUUUCCCGGUUCCCUUUUGGUCUUUCACGCAAGCUUUAGUGCUGCUGCUACUGCUGCCCCAUCGAACCAUGUCGGGUGUUUUCCGCAUCGGAGUUCGCCUGGUGAAGGGUACGCCGGGGGCAGGGUCCCCGGCAACGCCGCUCUUCAUCGCGGCGCGCAACAUCUCCGGCAAGACGCUGCGCGGCUCGAAGCUGAGCAAGCCGAAACCGUUCCCGUACUUGGAGAAGCAAUACACCGCCUGGAAUGCGUGCAUGGACGUGCUGCGCAAGAACACGACCAGCCGGUUCGACGAGAACACGAAGGUCGUAGUGGUUGACGGACCGAUCGCGGCAGGAAAGUCCGCCUUCGCCAAGGAGCUGGCCGCGGAGCUGGAGAUGAAAUACUUCCCGGAGGUGACGAUGGACAACUACUACAUCAACCCGUACGGGUACGAUAUGCGCCAGCUCGAUGCCAAGCUGCCCGCCACCAUGCAGAGCUUCGACGUGACGAAAUUCCAUCAAAAUCCGACCCACCGCAACGCGGCCUCCUUCCAGGUGCGCAUGCUGGUGGAGCGCUUCUCGCAGUACGCGGACGCGCUGGCCCAUCUGUUCAGUACGGGCGAGGGUGUGGUGCUGGAUCGCAGCGUCUACUCGGACUUCGUCUUUCUCGAGGCGAUGUUCCGCAACGGGUACGUUUCCAAGGGUGCCCGCUCGGUGUACUACGAUCUGGUGAAGAACACGUUCUGCGACCUGAUGAAGCCCCACCUGGUCAUCUAUCUGGACGUGCCGGUGGACGUGGUGAAGCAGCGCAUCAAGAAGCGGGCCAACCCGGCGGAGGUCAACUCGAAGGCCCUGACCGACCAGUAUCUGAAGGACAUCGAGACGAUCUACAAGCAGCAGUAUCUGAAGGACAUCAGCACACACGCCGAGCUGCUGAUCUACGACUGGUCGGACUACGGCGAGACGGAGGUGGUGGUGGAGGACAUCGAGCGCAUCGAUUUCGACCGGUUCGACAAGGACGAUCCGAAGAUGCGCGACUGGGUGAUGGAGAACGAGGAGGACUGGACCGAGGCCCGCUGCCGGUACAUGAACAAGCCGGACCUGAUGAACUCGCUGAACGUGCCGCGGUUCGACGUGCCCGAGCUGACCGUAUCGCCGGACGACUUCAAGGCGUGGUACGACGUCUGGUACUCGGCCCCGGGCAUGCAGUUCCGCAAGGGCUACAACGAGGAGUGCGGCGACACCGGCAUCCUCACCAAGAUGAAGGCCGACUUCCGCAACACGCUGUAAGAUACUUGCAACAAUACCCGGGCACCAUAAUUUCCUGUGAGAGGAGUCGCAGUGUAAUAAACUAAAUUGUUAACUUAA